CUCCUGGGCCUCUCGGUCACCUGACUCCCCAAUAGCAGCACCCUCCGAGCAAAAUGGCGGCCCUUUGCUGGCUCCUGCUGCUGGCCCUCCAUCCUGGAAGCCUGGCCUGCUGGACGGCGCCCUCCUCUCGGCCUCCCCGGUGGCCGGUGCCUUACAGGCGUUUUGAUUACCGCCCUAAAACAGAUCCUUACUGCCAAGCCCUCUACACUUUCUGUCCAACUGGCUCUCCCAUUCCAGUGAUGAGCGACAAGGAUGUCUUGGAGGUGUAUCGAUUGCAGGCUCCUGUCUGGGAAUUCAAAUAUGGAGACCUCCUUGGUCAUAUGAAAAUCAUGCACGAUGCUGUUGGUUUCAAGAGCACUUUGUCCGGGAAGAACUACACAAUGGAGUGGUAUGAACUUUUCCAGCUAGGAAAUUGUACAUUUCCACAUCUGCGACCAAACCUGUCUGCACCUUUUUGGUGUAACCAAGGAGCUGCCUGCUUCUAUGAAGGAAUAGAUGAUGCCCACUGGAAAGAGAAUGGGACAUUGGUCCAGGUGACUACAAUUUCAGGAACAAUAUUUAAUGAAAUGGCAAAGUGGGUGAAAUAUGACAAUGACACUGGCAUUUACUACGAGACAUGGACCGUCAAAGAUAGCCCGGAUGAAAAUGCUAGAGCAUGGUUUGAGCCUUACGAAUGCGCCAAGUUUGUACAACGGACAUAUCAAAAACUGGCUGAACUUGGGGCCAUCUUCAAGAGGAUACAAACUAAUUACACCACCAUUACCCUCUUUAGUGGAGAGCCCACUUGUUUGGGGAAUGAAACAACUAUAUUUGGGCAACAUGGAAACAAAACACUAGCUGUUGCUAUUAGGAACUUCUACUUUCCAUUUGAACCUGUUCAUUCAGUCAAAGAAUUCUUCAUAAACCUCUUGAGAAUAUUUGACAAAGUGGUUUUGGACCAUCAGUUUUACCUCUUUUACAAUCUAGACUAUUGGUUUUUGCCCAUGAAGUAUCCAUAUGUGAAAAUAGCCUAUGAAGAAACCCCAUUGCCUGUCUCAAAUGCCACAAAGUUUAGGCAUGUCGUUUAACCUGCAAGUGUUAGUACCUCAAUUUGCCGAAGAUAGGCCAUGAAAUUCUUUCAGGGUGAUGUGGAAAGCAGCAAGUUAUUGCAGGCAUCUGGAUUUCUAUCAGUACUGGAAUAAUUCCUCGGACAAGUUGAAUUCAUGUGAACUAAACUGUCUUACCGCAUGUUGAAGGAGAACAUGAGGGUUUUUUUAAACAGAAUUUGUACUUGCCCCAUUGUUUUUCUAUAUACUCUUUGGGAUAAACUCCCUGGGAUCAAUUUUUGGUGGGUGGUGUACAAAAAAUAAAAAUCUCAUGUUUUUGAUAGGUGUACAGUGCUCCAUCAAGACAUACAUGGCCCUGUGCCUGUUUCAUAUGAGAAUACUGCAGUCUUUCCCAGUCUGGUAGACUGCAGAUAUGGCAGAUAACACCCAUUCUCCCUAACAAGCAUGGCCAUACUGGUUGCAUUUAAAUCCAGGAUGGCUGUCUUCUGAACUGGUGAUUUUCCACAUGUUGACAAGUUUCUGUUUUCAUUUUAGCCCAUUUCCUACUCUAAUCCUGUAGGUCUACAAGAGCAGUCAGCUGAGAAAGUCAGAACAAAGAUGGCAUAUCUCAGUAUGUUGAAACAGUGACUUUCAAGUGGUGUAUCAUUGAAAAUAAUAGUGACAAUCAUGUAGUCAGGGGUGUUCAAAGUGUGGCACAAAAAAGUUGUUUUGUGAACCCCUUGAUCAUUCCAGACUUUCAGAACUGCUCUUCUGACUAAAAACGGGUGAAUUGCAUCUCUUGGAAGUCUAGAGGUGCAGCAAUUCCUACGUUAAAUAAAUUGUAGCCCUCCUCUCCCAUUUUAACAUGAAAUACCUGCUUUCAAAGCCAGUGAUGGACCUACAGACCCCUUGGGUGUCUUUUUCCCCCUCCUUUGGCAGUGUGUGUAGCAUUCAGAAGGUUUCAAAAACAGAAAACUGGUCCCCGGAUCAGUUGCCACUCCAAUGUAAAUGAAAAACCUAAAGAAGUUUUGUCUCUGUAGCAGAUGAUGGACUGGUUUAUCUCGCUAAUAUUAUUUAGGGACCACAGUUAUUAGAAUUCAUAAGUGAAGGUGUGUGGCUGUUAGGAAUCUAUAUUUGGAAUACCAUGCGCUGUGGAUGUAAGCCUUCUUAAGAUGUUCUGCACUGGAUACAUACAUAGUGCCACAAUCUUACCUUAGAAUGACUGGCAGCAAACCAAAUAGCUACGAAAUGUGGGUAGAUGCACAAUGUAAGUUUGAGCAUCUCUUGCAGGUAUAAAAUAUUGGCCCCACAUCUGGUUUCCCACUUCCUAGUUGAAGAAAACGUAAUGGCUAAAGGCUAAGACUUUUGCCAGAAACACACUGAUUCUUAGGAGAAGAGUAAUUGGUUCUUAGAUAGCUGAGCCAUGUGAACUGGCUUUAGAGGAGAAAGCCGCAACUGCUGUUGCCAUAGGAUUGCUCAUUGCACAAGGCAAUACUGUGGCAGCUGUCAACCCAGGGGGUAAUUACUCGCCAUAGGCACCCAGAUGAGUCACAAGUACUGAAUUACUAGCCUUUUGCAACCUUUCAUUUUAAAAACGCUUUUCCUGUUGACUGCCAACCAUUUUUUGCCAUCACUGGAAUUGUUUUUCAUACUAGUAUCAAUGAAUUGACUUCUACAGUAUUAUCUUUUGUGCCAUAAACCUGAAAAUAAAUGUCAAUGGCUUACUUUUAAGAACUGACUUCUUGUGUAUUAAAUUUUGUAUAAUUUGGGUUUUUUAUAAACAGGCAUUUACAUUUAAUGUGUGUUUCACACACGCCUUUAUUGCACUGAUAACUCUUUCAGGUGAAAAGUCCCCUGCACAUGACUCUCCUCACUUAACUAUCUCUGGGGCUCAUUUCCUCUGCAUAAAAAGGGGCAAUGAGCUCUCUGAUCAUAUCAUAUAUCACUAGCUGGUUGUUUUACAUACUGUACAUAGUGUCAAAUUGAUGUAAGAAUUCACUUGAUUUAAGCCUGCUCUCGGGUCUAAUCGUGUGAUCACCGCAUGUUGAUCUUCCCAUCAUUAUAUGCAACAGGCAGAGUGAAGAUCACUAUCCCAUCCUCUGCUUUGGGCAAAACAGAUGGGCUGGCUUUCAGACACUGUGGCAGCCUGUGACAUGUAAAUGCCAUGCUGCUGCAGCGUCUUCAUACCACCCACGUCUGGGCGGCCGCUCAACUUCCAAGCAGCGUGGGAGCAUGUGGCAUAUAAAUGCCAUGCUCCCAAGCUGCCUGGACUGUUCCUGUUCAUUGUUGGCUUUGAAGAAAAAAAGUGUGCCUCUUCUGAUUGCUUCAAUGUAAGUUUUAAAAAAAUUAACAAGGCUGCCAUCACAUUUGUAUGACUUAGACCACAGAAUAUAGUUUAACCACUGGACAGUGAGAACAUAUGUGAAAGAUGAGUUUAUGCUACCUUGAUCUGGGACUUUAUUCUAUGAGGGAUCAUUUCCUCCAAGAUAGGGUAAAACUAUCCAGUUUGGCUUCAGAUGAUUUAGUGCCUAUGUGGUUUGGGUCCAGGUUACAUACAGGAUUGCUUCGCCCCAUAUAAUCCUGUCUAUACACUCUGGCGGGCAUUUACUUCAAUCAGCCAGGACUACAUUGGCAACUGUCAGCCGGAGGACCUUUUCUUCAGCCACCCCUAGACUAUUCUACAACUUGCUGGAACAGAUUCAGCAGCUGAACACACUGUAUGAACUUAAAACAGCAUUAAAGACCAAUCUCUUCCAGAAGCCUUAU